UGGAAUGUUAACUGUCUUACUCUGCAUAACAGGAUGUCCGUUUCACUGCUUUAUACGAGUAAAUAAACGCAUAAAUCAUGAUGUGUUUGUUUGUAUUUGAGCGCAAUAUUAGAUAAGGUAAAACGACGAUUUAAAGCAGCCUGCACCUGGUAUUUUAUUGAUGUGCGGAUAUCUGGAGUGAUGUAACGUACCGAAUUAGAAAGUGCUUGGUUGAUGGACUAUUCGCUAAAUCAAAAUGGAUUGUUUUGUGUUUGCUGUUAUAAUUUGUUGUGUUGGUUUUGCAUCUGGCGAAGACAAUGGCCUGCAGAUUGAAUUCCAGAGGAUACUGGAGGCUGGAGGAAGUCAAACAAUUGAACACAUUAAGGUUGACAGUUCAAGUACUGACAAAUUCCAGGUUAUGUGUAGGGUGAACAAUGUGAAUCAGUUGUUUAAAAUCACUACAUUGAAGGUACAAUAUAAGACAAGUGCAAAUGCCCAAGACUACACAGACCUAGCCAUAUUGCAGAAUAUUGACACCAACAAUGCAGAUACAUACCGGAAGCCUUUGUUAGCAUCUGGUGCAGGUUCUAGUUGGACUGUAGAGGGAAGUUUUGAUUCAACAAGCAGUAACGGAAGGGAUAGUACAUUAGGCGUGUCUCGUCCUGUGUCUUCUAUGACCUGUAGUAAUGCAGUGGAGUACAGAUGCGAUCUUUCCUACACAAUGCUUGGGCCUGCUUAUAAUACAGCCAAUGGCAUGAAAUCUAAAGAGCUUGAUGUCCAAGUUUUACCCACUACUAUCACAAGGAAUGUCUACAACAUGAGUAGCUUGAAUACCUCACUUCCAAUAGCUCUUUCUGACACAAUUGGACCCUUCUACGUGGGACAAACAGUCAAGAUGGAGUGCUCGGCCAACAUCGGCUCCUACAACGGUACUGCCCAGAUCCGCUGGUUAAAGAGUAACUUUGUUCCAGGCAGCCCCCUGGCUCCGUACUAUAGUCCAGAUGCAGUCAUAGGUGAUGCACAGGCUUUAGGCAACUGUGUGUAUCAACAGACGGACUCUGUGACAUACAAUAUGACGGCACAGGAUGCUGGAAGAACAGCCGACAACAGACUUCAUUUCCAGUGCUAUGUGGACAUUUCUGGAAAUCCGAACUGGGUAACACCUGAAGAACAACGACAGAAUUUCAAAUUCAUUGUCUAUAUGAAAGAGGCAGGGAGUGCUGAUAGUGCGACAACAGCAGAUACUGGUUUGAAUAGAACUACAAAUGGUGUGACAACGCAGCGAACUACUCAGCCUGAUAACCAAAAUCUCAUAAACGGAGUUGAGGUAAAGGCUGUUAACAUUGUUGUAUUGUUCUCGAUGACGACCAUUUCUGUCCUGAUGUUUCUUACAAAAUAGAUGAACUGACGGAAAAAAGCUGCUUUUAACCUGCUGGUUGUUUUAUUUAUAUGUUGGGCAUAUACAUUUGUCAUUUGAUUUGAACAUAAUUUUAAGGAUGAAUGUUAGUCUGUCAAAAUACACUUAAACAAUAUGUAUCCAAACAUCUAAAUAAAUAAACUAUUUUCUGGAUUCUAUAAAAUGAGCUGCAUGUAUUUUAUUAAGUAAUUAAUCGGAUUACAUUAAUUUUGUUUAAAUAAACUGUUUUCAUUGUAAGAAUAGCGGUAUUAUUAGAGAAAAAACAUUACUUUGCUUAAUUUUGUCGUUUUAAUUGGCAACAAGAAACUUUUAAACUUUUAUAAAUAUUUUAUUCAAACAAAUUUUGCUAUUUCACAUUUUUUAUUUGCAUUGCAUUGCAUUGCGUAUGUACGCACUGUUAAAUAUUCAUUUUUGAUGUUCACUUCGAAACCUUUUGCAUUCUUACUGGGAAGUCAACAAUUUUUAUUUUACUUAUAAGCUUUAGGGAUACAAGAUCACAGUUUAUUAUAGUUUAAAAACAACGCACGAAAUUGUAUGCAAACAAAAGCAACGAAAGCAACUAAAAUCGGAAAACUUGCUUAUUUUCUGAAAAUAUUCAAAACUGGUUUAACACCGAGAUAAACAAAUCAAUAGCAUUAUACUAUCUAAAGCACUUAAUGUCAAAUAUACGUUCUUAGAUACUUCAAUAAGUUUUUAUUGAUACGCUUUAAGCUUAGUGCGACGCCUUGUCAUACUAACGCGACUAUCCUAACAGGUAUCAACAUUUCAACUUGUACGCAUUUUAUGGCUUUGUCUAAGUGCGUAGCCAAAUUCAUUGAUAAACAUUUCUGCAUGAUGAAAAAUGUUUGCAACAAAAGUACAAAAAAUUGUUUUCUGCGUAGACUUACAUCUUGACGCUAUUUUAAUGUUUAUCAAGUACUGAAAGAACAGACACCACAGUAUAAUUCAAAAUUAUGUCCUGUUAGGAUAUAACGUAAUAUAUAUGUAUGCAUUGUAUGUAAAGUAAAUAUGAUAUGCAUAUUUUUAUAUUUUACGUAAGUAUGUGCUUGUGUUUAUAAAUAUUUAAUCAGAAAAAAGGUAUACGGAAAUCCUUAAUAGUGUUUACCAGUAUUUGUUUGUAUUUAUCUAAUCAGAAAUAAAUAGUGUACGGAAAAGCUAAAUAGUGUUUUGAACUU